AUGUGUCCGCCUUGCAAUGGCUCUGGGCCGAUAGAGCUUGAGAAAUCCCACCAUGCCCCGCCAACGAUAGCCAUCCAGACGUCAGACGAUGUCCCUGACGCUGGUUUACGGAGUCUAGAUCAUUACAAGCGCAAGCUUCCACCAUGGCGAUACAAGUUGCGACAACAACUGCUACCCUUGAUCCGAUGGGAAACUCCUUAUCUAGCAUGGAUGCAGGACAAGAUGAGGUCUCCGGCAUUGGAUUCCUACUUUGCAAUUACGGCCAAUUUGGGCACGCAUACAUUUUUCAUGGUCGUUCUGCCGAUUCUGUUCUGGUGCGGACAUACAUCUCUGGGUAAAGGAUGUAGGAUGGUUCAUAUUCUUGCUAGUGGGGUGUUCUUUACUGGCAUGUUGAAAGACUUUUUCUCACUGCCUAGACCAUUAUCGCCACCUCUCCAUCGCAUUACUAUGUCAGGAUCAGCUGCUCUUGAAUAUGGCUUUCCUUCAACACAUUCCGCGAAUGCAGUUUCCGUGGCUGUAUAUGCUCUCUUCAGCAUACACUCACCGGAUUGCCAAUUGCAAGCCACUACAAAGACCAUUUUAGAAGUAGUGAGCUACUCAUAUGCCGUUUCCAUCAUUCUAGGACGCCUUUAUUGUGGGAUGCAUGGGUUCAUAGAUGUCAUAAUUGGUAGUAUUAUGGGAGCAUUGAUUUCCGUGAUAGAAUGUCUCUACGGCGCAAGGUUCGACAUAUGGCUCCACAGCAGCUCCUGGUCAGCACCAGCAAUCAUUGCCGUGGCAAUCAUCGUUCUAAUUCGCAUCCAUCCCGAGCCAGCUGAUGAUUGCCCGUGCUUCGACGACAGUGUUGCCUUCGCAGGAGUUGCAAUGGGCAUUGAGCUUGGCUCAUGGCAUUACGCUGCGAGCGAUUGGGCGUGGGACUUCCCUGUAUCGGCAACAGUACCCUUCGACCUCGAGCAUAUGGGCUGGCCAACCGCAAUAGUGCGCGUUGUUGUCGGAGUCCUGGUAAUAUUUGCCUGGAGAGAAGUCAUGAAGCCGGCGUUGCUCAAAGUUUUGCCUCACUUGUUCCGCGUGAUUGAAAACUAUGGUUUCAUCUUGCCUCGGAAGUUCUUUAUGCCUGCAUCUGAAUACAAUAUGAUACCUUCAAGAUUGAAGGUGGACAAUGUCAUGCCGUCUGUCUCUGACUUACCUGGCCUUCUCACCUCAAUUCGACAUCCUGGGCGUGGUCGCGCUGUUUCUGUGGGGCCUCAAUCUGCCGCCGAUGCGUACGAAACUCUGGCAUAUCGAGAGAAGAGGCGGAGAGAUAGCUUGACCAAUUCAUCGGAGGUUGAUUCAGCAGUACAAUUACCUCAGUCAGGACGGCGAUCACCAAGUCGGUCCAGAGAUUACUCUCCUUUCGCCACAAAUAAUGCCGACAAGGAUGGGUCUGUUUCCCAAGUAUCUGGAAUUUCUGCAUCACUCGGCGUGGCAGGUGCCGGGAAUUUGCCUACGCCAGCGCAGUCAAGGGUCAACUCAUACGAGCAGAUGAUGGGCCAGGGUCAAGUAAUGUUUACACCUGCAACGCCUCCGCCAGGAUUGGUAGUUACAAAUGAUGAUGAUGAUGGCGCGGAAAUAACUGUUGGUCAACAUAAUGAGCUGGAAGAGAAAGAAAUGUUCUCUAAGCUUGAAAAGCCUCGAGUCAGAUAUGAUGUUGAAGUUGUCACUAAACUUGUUGUUUAUACUGGAAUCGCAUGGUUGGCCGUUGAGAUCAACCCCAUGAUAUUUGAGAUUAUUGGUUUGGGGAUGGGUUCACAUCGCCCACUUCGAUGA